UGAUCUGUCAAUUGCUUAUGUCAUUUGCGACGAAUAAAAAUAAAAGAUUUUAAAUCCUAUUUUUUUAAAAAUAUGCUAAAAUAGUUUUAUCGAUAUAUAAUGUGAAUUUUUGGUUCAUUAAUGGCAGACCGUCAUCGAACUUUCGACGCAGAAGAAAUGGCAACAACAAGUACAGCGGUAACGACGGUACCCCCACAACUUCAAGAGGAGCCGGUAGAGCCUGUAGCUGUGUUAACUCUCCGACCCACAAAAAAGCAGCAACGCAAAAAAGUUGUAUGGACGGAGGACACCGUCGACAAUGAACACAUGAACAAGAAAAAGUCUAAAUGUUGUUGUAUAUAUGAAAAACCCCGUCGUUUCGGCGAGUCCGACUCGGAAGAGAGUGACGACGAAUGCGAACAUUGUUUUGGACAUGUCGAGAAGAAACGGACUAAGCACAACACACACGUACAAGAGAAAACCGAACAACCUGAACCAACCACAUCUGUGACGUUAGAACCUUCGGAGCCUGCGCCGGCGCCGCCCGAUAAGCCGCCCUCUGAUACUUAAGCACGUAAAUUAUUUAUGUCUGACUUCUAAACAUUUCAAUGUAUUUUCGUAUUGAUGACUUUUUCCAUAGAAGUCAUUUUCUUAAUACCUUCUAUUUGGCGGCUAGCGCAAUAUGAAGAUCCACGGUUUCAAAAAUGUUAAAAAGUCUCUAUA